AUGCAAAAUUCACCGAUUUCGUUGUUACACAAACAACGACAUUCCACGAGGAGUCAGUUUAUCAAUCGACAUAACGUCAAGUUCUUUAUUCGUAUUCUCGUUGGACUCGCUUUGGCACAUGUCAUCGGGCAACGUGUUCGACCGAGUGAUGCCGCACCCAGUAGUACGAAAUCAAAUUGGAAAUAUCGACCGCAAAAAACACAAUCAACGACUCCAUCGAAUGAUCGCGAUGAUGAUGAGAAAACGACAACUAUCGUCAUCAGUACCACUGUUGUAUCCAGUGGUGCCAGUUGGCAACCUGGUCAACUGAAAAAUUGUACGGAACCAGCUAUUGAUGAAUUUCCUGAAGACCUUUUUACUCAAUCACAACGUCGUAGUGGAGCGAUAAUAUUUCAUUUUAUGGCUUGUCUUUACAUAUUCAUUGCCAUCGCUAUUGUCGUUGAUGAUUAUUUCAUAUCUGCAUUAGACAAAUUAUGUGCGACAUUGGGUCUCGAUGAAGACGUUGCCGGUGCAACAUUCAUGGCCGGUGGAUCGUCGUCGCCAGAACUGUUUACUGCCAUUAUCGGAAUCUUUGUUGCUAAGGGUGACGUAGGGGUUGGAACAAUUGUUGGUUCGGCUGUUUUUAACAUCGUUUGUGUAAUUGGCGUAUGUGGUCUAUUUGUGAACGCAGCUAUCCGACUGACUUGGUGGCCCUUAUGUCGUGAUUCGAUUUACUACUCAUUGUCGAUCUUAAUUUUAAUCAUGUGUUUAUCUGAUGGACGCAUUACAUUAUUUGAAUCGACUUUUCUUCUUCUCAUGUACGCAGGCUAUAUUGCUAUCAUGUGUAAUAAUCAACGUAUAAGACAAUCAAUUCUUAGUCGAUGGCAAGUUUUCCAAACAUUGGGCUACUCAGAGGAGCCAAUCAUCAAUCCGGCUAAUGUCCAAAAAACAUACGGAGCGAAAAAUACUUACGAACGAUUUGAUGACGAUGAGGGUCAAAAUUAUAAUAGUGCGCCAAUGCAACAGAGACAAGCACCAGUCGAUGAAGUUAUCGCUCGCUCACGCAUACCGAUUGAUUUCGAAACAGCAGCAUUGAAAAUCAUGAUGUCAAGAUAUUUUCGAAAUCGUACUCGAUUCCGAAUGGCUGUGCGGUUCGUCAUUAGUCACCUACGAACUCAACAUGGUCAAGGAGUAAUACGUCCACAAAAGCCAGCAAAUGAAAGACGAUUCUCGUUUUAUCAAGGUCGAACACCGAGCCUACUAGCUGCUGACGAAAACUAUGAUGACUGGAAGAAUAUUCCGAAUUACAACUAUGAUCCUGUCAAUUUUGCGAAAUGGGCAGUUACAGCACCAAUUAAAAUCAUCUUUCAUUUUACCAUUCCCGACUGUCGUAAUCCACGAUGGUUCAAGUGGUAUCCAUGUACGUUUGUCAUGUCCAUUGUUUGGUUAUGUCUAUUGACUUAUUUAAUGGUCUGGAUGGUCACUAUUAUUGGUUUCACUUUUGGUAUACCAGAUAGUGUCAUGGGUAUCACGUUUUUAGCUGCAGGUAGCAGUGUACCGGAUGCCAUGAGCAGCGUUCUGGUUGUCCGUCAAGGUUUGGUUGAUAUGGGUGUAUCGAACACAUUUGGUUCAAAUGUGUUUGAUCUACUUGUUGGUCUUGCACUGCCAUGGUUUUUCAAAACAUUAAUUAGUGGAGAAGCCGUGCACAUUAAUUCCAAUGGAUUGAUGUAUGAUUCCGUUCUUUUACUUGGUAUUGUCGCUUUAACAGUAAUUAGUUUUCAUCGUCGUCAAUGGUAUUUGGAUAAAAAUCUCGGUAUAUUUUUCCUUGGUAUUUACGGAAUAUUCGUGGUUUUCUCCUUAUCAAUUGAGUUGAAUGUUUUCGGUUUUGUCAACCCACCUAUGUGUUAA